AUGGGUACAGGGAGUCAGCAGUGGGCACGGGGUGCCAGCAGUGAGUACGGGGUGUCAGCAGUGGGUACAGGGGCCAGGUGUGGGGGUACGGGGGUCAGGUGUGGGUACAGGGUUCAGGUGUGGGGUGUCAGCAACGGGUAUGGGGUGCCAAGAAUGGGUACAGGGAGUCAGCAGUGGGCACGGGGUGCCAGCAGUGAGUACGGGGUGUCAGCAGUGGGUACAGGGGCCAGGUGUGGGUACAGGGUGCCAGCAGUGGGUACGGGGUGUCAGCAGUGGGUACGGAGUACCAGCAGUGGGUACGGGGUGCCAGGAGGCAGCACUGCAGAUGAGGAUGCCUUUGUUGGCCGAACGCGCGAUGGAGGCGCUCCGCCGCCCCGCGCCCCGUGUGUCCGCACAGCCCGUUCCCCCGGGAGCCCCCGCCCGGCCCGGGCAGCCCCGGGCGCGGUGAUGCUCCGCGGCAGCGCUCGCCCGGCGUGCCCGGCCGCGGGGCGCGGCGGCUCGGCGCUGUCUCCGCGGCGGCAGCGGAGCGGGACAGCCCCGGGUGUCGCCCUGUCCGUCCGUCUGUCCGUCCGUCCGUCCGUCCGGCGAGCGCCGCUCGGCACCGGCCGCUGCCAGCGCUGCCCGGGGCUCCCGGCACAGCCUGACCGCGUGCGGCUCGGUCUGGUGCGCGGCUUGCCGGCUCGUGGUCAGGAAAAAAGAGGUAAAUUGCCCAAAAUGCACACAAACAGGUCAGUCUGGACACUGUGGUCCUUUGGCUGCCCUUUUGUCAGUCCUGGUGCACCAUCCAGGGCAUGGGAACAGUGUCACCUGAUUCACUAUCUGAGACUCAGCCAUCAUUUGAUAGUUCUGAAUUAUUUGAUUUGCACCUUUGACAAGCUGAAGUCUGUCUCCUCUGAAGAUGUUAAAAUCACGGAUGCAGUUUUUGAUGGCGUGGAAGUGAGAGUGUUUGAACCUCCUGCGAAGGGAGAUGAAAGCCUCAAGCGCAGCGUUGUUUACAUCCAUGGAGGGGGCUGGGCCUUGGCUAGUGCAAGAACAAGCCUUUACAACAAUCUCUGCAGAAUCAUGGCUGAAUCUCUGAAUGCUGUUGUUGUCUCUGUUGAAUACAGGCUGGUGCCUGAGGUGUGCUUCCCCGAGCAGUACCACGAUGCUCUUCGUGCAACAAAGCAUUUCCUGCAGCCUGAUGUCUUAGCUGAGUAUUCAGUGGACCCCAGUCGAAUUGCAAUCUCUGGGGACAGUGCAGGAGGGAAUUUGGCAGCUGCUGUGUGCCAGCAGCUCAGCAAAGACGAGGAUUUGCCCGUCAGGCCCAAACUGCAGGCCUUGAUUUACCCCGUCCUGCAGGCCUUCGACUUCAACACGCCCUCCUACCAGCAGAACAUGAACAUGCCCGUGCUGCCCCGCUACGUCAUGGUCAACUACUGGAUCGACUACAUCAACGCCUACGUGCUGACCUGCGAGAACGACGUGCUGCGCGACGACGGCGCCAUGUACGCCGCGCGCCUGGAGCGCGCCGGAGUGCCCGUCACCCUCGACCACUUCCACGACUGCUUCCACGGCUGCAUGAUCUUCACCGUGUGGCCCACGGAUUUCUCGGCCGGCGUGCAGACCAGGAACAGCUACAUCAAGUGGUUGGAUGAGAAUCUCUGAAGGGGAGGGCCCCCCUGGAUGCACGGUGGGUGUGUGGCGGAAGAGCAAACAAUCGAAAAGUGCACUUUUCUCAGUUCUGACUUCACCGUUUGGCUGCAGCUGCUGGGGGUACAGACCACUGGCUGCAGCGUUUUCUAGCUCCAUUGGCCUUGCCCAUUUUGAGAAGUAUUUCUUUUUCAAACCAAUCUUUUUUCCGCUUUUUCCCAGAUGUUUAUUGCCAAACAUAAACAUGUGUUGAGCAGGGAGAUCAGGAUUCCUGCAGGAUUCUUACCUGGCUGCAACCUUCAAGCUUUAUUAAUUAGGUACAAAGGCCCUGCCUUUCAAGUGAUGUGAGAUAAAUCCUAACACAUACAUCUACUUCUGAAUACAUAAAAAACAUGAGCUAGUUUACAGCAGUGUUGAGCAUCUGAUGUCACAGUGAGAACACUCACCUUGGACAGCAGGGCCAUGCAUUUGAGUAACAAGCACGGAUUUAGGUGUUGGCUUUUUGCCACAGACAAAUGGCUCAUUUAAAUUUUUAAAAAUAUUUUUCACGAAAGCUCUUCUAGACAGUUAAAUUGAUGCUAGAUGAGUCUCUUAGCCAAACCUAUAAUUCAGCUUUGGAAUUUGGUCUUUACCACCUUUUAAUAAAUGCAUUUUUAGAAGGUACAGGACUAAAUAUAUUUUCAAUAAAAGGUAUGAUAGCAUACACACAAAUAGGUAAGAUAAAAUAUUAUGUGUAGCAGCAGAAUGCAGGUUUCCUGUGUGAGUGACCUUCAAAGCUGACUACUUACUUGGCUAAAGAAUGUGACUUACCUGUGCUUAAAGCCUCAGUUGUACAACCUCCUUACAGAAAAUAUUGACCUUACUACAAAUAGUCUGCUGUGUGGUUUGCACUAAUGUUUGUAAUUAAUAGUAGAAGUUUUUGUUCAUUGACUUCUAUUUUGUUUGUAGUUUUUAUUGUAUUUCCUGCUUCAUGAAAGGAGGACAGCAAGCAAAGAGAAGUGGGCUCCAAUCUAUACAGAAGAUUUAAUUCUGAGCUUUGCAGCUGAACUUUGUCUGUCUUGUAGCCUGCUCUAGGUGAGGUGAUCUCACUACUGGGCAGCAAAUCUGUGCAGUUUGAGCCAGUCUAAAGUUCAGACAGGCAGGACAGGGGAGUGAAGCCACUUUGUGACUGACUGUUGUCCAGGCUGCUCACAGCUUGCAGAAAUGAAGGUGGUGUCAAAAGUAGGCACAGAGGAGAGAGUGGGAGAUCAAAUUCCUCCUCAGCUUUACCACAGACUUCCUGUGGGUCCCCAGCAGAACAACAUCAUCUCCUUACACCCCACUGCUGCAAGGGAGGGAGUGAUUUCCUACCUCACAAAGGAGCUGUGAAGCUGAACUCUGAGGCGUGUGUGAACCACAUGGAUGUGAACAUGACUGCAGGCACUCAGCAGCUCCCAUGGCUUUUGACUUUCCAUCCUACUCCAAGUGCUGCCUCAGAGCAGCCUGUCCCACACCAGGGAUGCUGCUGGGCUCGGGUCCUGCUGAGCAGUUUGCUCCCCUCUGUCCUGGUUCCUGCCAGGAACCCUAAGGUGAGGCUUCUUGGCCCCUGGAGAUCAUGACAAAGACAAUUUCAUUAAAGCAUUCCUUACAGCAGGAUUCUGAAAAGUCCUUUAAAAAACCCCAUCAGGUACUGGUAGAUCAAACUGCCUUCAUUUCAAAUAUACACAGAGCAGCCCCCUUUCACUGGGAUUUAAAUUAAAUAGGAGAAUGGCUUUGCUGAAUCACUGCUUCCUGGAAACACCAGGUUGCUAACCUGGUUGUGUGUAUUAAGAAAAACCAUUAAUGAGACAAGGCCUGGAUGUCAGCUCAGUCAUGCAGGCCAAAACUCAUUCCCAGCAUAGUUCACACAGAGAUCACAAGGCAAAGCUUUUUCAACAGUGGCCCAGAUUCUCCUUCCAUUUAGCAUUUACAAAGACUUGCUGGAAUUAGAGCAACCAAGUGACAAUCUGAAUCAGAAUAAAUUUUGAUCAAGAAAUCAAAUUAACACUGCAGAGGAAUUCAAAAUUUUUAUCUGGAUUUAAACCCCUUCCUCCUUUUACCCAUAAACACAACUUCAUAGAUUGUAUGCUCUAAACAGCAACCAAAGUUACGUCCAUUCGAGUUACUAAUCUGCCCCAGGGUCCUUUCCCUUUAUAUGGAGACAGCUACAUUUACCUGACUUUAAACCAUGACUAAAAUAGUAAAAAAAAAACCAAACCACUAUACUUAGUUACAACAGCAGGUUUCUUCCUGAAUUUCCCGCUUAAAGAGUAAACCCAUGUCAGAAAAGAUAUAAUUUAUAUCUACUCACUGUCAUUAGCAUAAUAUGUAGAUAUACUGUGAUUAUACGUCAUAGUAUAACUGUAGUACUGGAAGAAAAUUGUUAAUAUUCCUAUAAAUCUUAUAAUAAUUAAGUUUCCUGAGAGUUUUCUGCAAAGCUUUAGCUCAGCAUUUGUUUAUAGAUAAGUUAUAAAUAUGUUACGAACCUAAAACAUAAUUGCUGCUGGUUUUUUUUUAACUGAAAGGGAGAGUUUGAAUAUAUAUAUAUAUAUAUAUGUGUGUGUGUGUGUAUAUAUAUAUAUAUAUAUUCAUGGAGUUGGUUGUAAAUUUCCUUCAUGCACUGAAGCACAUUAAAGUCUUGGCACAAGGAAUGGUGAUAAGUUUGUAACUGGAGUGAACGUGUUUACGAAGCCGUCAGCAGCCUGGUGCGAUAGCCGAGAUCACAGCACCACGUGGAUGUGAUGUGCAGUAUUAACUACUUCUGUCAAAGCAUCUGGACUACUUUCAUCUUGCAGCCAUGUGGUUUAAUGCCUGAGAGCUGCAGAGAUACCUGAGGGAUCCUACAACAUGGGGAAAAAGAGGUCUGAGUUGCAGCUCUGAAAGACCUUUAGUGCACAGCCGCACAAGACACUGAUCAAAUUCAGCGUAAACCUUGAAGCGAGUGCUAGUCCCACCCCAGCUUUGCUCCUGCUGUGCUUUGUCCUCAUUUGCACACAGUCCCCAUGCCCCAAACUGGAAGUUUAGGGUUGUUUCCAGCUGUGCUGCUGCAAGCUCCCAGGAGCUGCCUCAGGGAUACAGAAAGCAGAUGCCUGAUAGCAAGGGAUUAAAAUUAAUCCGUUUCACAACACCUGGAUUUGUUCCUGCAUUUUCCUGCGUCUCCAAGUGUUUCCUCAGGCACAUCUUGCACCUUCAUCCCUUGGUUAUGUCACAAAGCAGUUUAGGGCACUUGGCACGUUGUAGGAUCAGAGCAAGUGUUUGUACAGUAUUUCACCUGUGCACGGCAGAGUCUUUUUAGAGGAGAUGUUCAGUAAGUUUCUUUUCUUACCAUGAUUUUGGCUAGGUACCUUUUGUAGGUAGCUUUUCUUCCCCUUCUACAAUUAGACCUUACCCCUCUAUUGCAAAAAUACCUUGUUCCUGAGGGCUAUUGAAGAAUUCAGAAAACAGCUUAAAAAAAAAAUAAAUCAACUUGCAUAACAGAACCUGUAGUCAUUCUUAUCCUUCUUUUGUAGACCUAAUAACUAUAUUAGUGAGUCCCCAGUAUUUUGGCUGGUAUUUGCAGGAUUAGAUGGAGAUUUUUGUCUCCCUAGCUGAGGAUCUCUUAAAGGAUGGGUGUUCAACAUUUCUGGAAGCCCAGAUCUCUUUCAAGAGGUUUCAUGAUGCAUAAAGAUCACAAAUAAGUUGAAUUUCCUGACUUUCAUCUAAGUAAUUCCAAAACUGUAUUCUCAGUCAAAGCAGAAAAGCCAUUGUGAGUUUUAACCCCUACAAACUAAAUAGAAAUUCUUCGUCUUUAAAACACUAUUUUGUAAUAUUUGGGCCUCAAUAUUUUUUAAUCUCGUACCAAACUUUACUAGAAACUUUUAAAAAUAAAAACAUUGGAAGCAGGUAAACUUGAGUUAAACCUUUUAAGCUGCUAUGAUCUGUAACAAUGAUAUUGCUUAAAAAAAUAAAUCUAAAAUCAGCUGGUUUAAUGUUCUCAUAUUUAUGAUGUUCAAAAGCCCAACAUACAACAUACUUGAUGUGAAUGCAUUCAAUACCUUAUGUAUGACUGGUUUUUGCUUUUUGUCCCAGAGCAGGGGAAAGAUGUGUAAGAUCUCAUUACCAAGUGUACUUUGAGAUGUGCUAUCAAAAUGAAGAACAAAUAAAUAAAGUGAAAUAGA